GCAGAGUUGAGCCCGUCAGAGAGGAAGAAGAACAAGAAGAAGAAGAACAAGAAGAGUUAAAGACAGACGGAUUAAAGAGGACAGGAGCUGAAUCUGGACAUCAUGUCUCUGCGGGACGAAUUGUUGAAAUCCAUCUGGCACGCGUUCACAGCUCUGGAUGUGGACAAGAGCGGCAAAGUCUCCAAAUCUCAGCUCAAGGUUCUGUCCCAUAACUUAUGUACAGUGAUGAAGAUCCCACACGACCCCGUGGCGCUGGAGGAGCACUUUAAAGACGAUGACGAGGGUCCGGUCUCCAACCAGGGCUACAUGCCAUACCUCAACAAGUUCAUCCUGGAUAAGGUGACGGGUAACUUCGACCGUCAGGACUUCAACAAAAUGUGCUGGACGUUGUCCUCGAGGAAGAACCUGGAUCAAAGCAAGCUGCUCAUCUCCAACGACGACGCCUUCAAGAUCUGGUGUAUCUUCAACUUCCUGUCUGAGGACAGAUACCCGCUGACCAUCGUCACUGAGGAGAUUGAGUACUUCCUGCGUAAGUUGACGGAGGCGAUGGGGGGCAGCUGGGUGGAGGAGCGUUUCGAGGACUACAAGCUGCAGCUGAACUCGAAGCAGCAGAGUCUGAACGCCUGGGAGCUCAUCAGCCUGGUGGGCUCGGGUCACUUCAGUAAAGGCAUGGACCGCCAGACGCUCUCCAUGGGCAUCAACGAGGUCUACCAGGAGCUCAUCAUGGACGUGCUCAAACAGGGCUACAUGAUGAAGAAAGGUCACAAGAGGAAGAACUGGACGGAGCGCUGGUUCCUGCUGAAGCCAAACUCCAUAUCUUACUACGUGGGCGAGGACCUGGCUGAGAAGAAAGGAGAUAUCUUAUUGGAUGGAAACUGCAGCGUGGAGCCACUUCAGGACAAAGAAGGAAAGAAAUGUCUCUUUCUCAUCAAGUCGUCACAUAAAAGCUUUGAAAUCAGCGCGUCGGACAAGAAGAAGAAGCAGGAGUGGAUCCAGGCCAUUCAGACCUGUGUGAACCUGCUGCGUCAGGGUCGGCCGGCGCCGCACCGCGAGGCUCGACAGAAGCGCCGGGAGCUGCGUCUGAAGCAGCAAGCUGAGCAGGAGGAGCUGGAGCUGAGGAUGAGCGAGCUGCAGACGGCUAACGAGGCCAAACAACAGGAGCUGGAGAACAUGCGGAAGGCUCUGGAGGAGGCUGCGGCUAACGCAGCAGAAGAAGAACGAAGGCGUCUUCAGACCCAGACUGAACUCCAGGACCGAUACAGGACGGACCUGGAGAGAGAGAAAAUGGUACGGCAGCAGAUGGAGGAGCAGGUGGCCCAGAAGUCCACUGAGCUGGAGCAGUACCUGCAGCGAGUUCAGGAGCUGGAGGACAUGUACCGCCAACUGGAGGACGCGCUGGAGGAUGAGCGGCGUGCCAGACAGGAUGAGGAGGCCGUCAGGAAGCUGCAGGCACGGUUACUGGAGGAGGAGGCUACAAAGAGGGCGGAGCUAGAGGAGUUCCACCUGCGGCAGCAGCUCGCCAUCUCAGAGACAGAGGCUGAGAAAAAGGAGCUGGAGAAGGAGCGUCUGGCCAAAGAGAGCGCCCUGCAGGCCGCCAUGAAACAGCUGGAGCAGCUGGAGCAGGAGAGGCAGGGGGCGCUGGAGCAGUACCAGACGGUGAUGAAAAAACUGGAAGACGCAACAAACAACACAAAAACCUGGAAACACAAAGUGGCUGAACACGAGGGAAUGUUACGACUCAUCCAACCAGGGUCAAAGGGACAGCAGCUCAUCACCAACUGGGGCCCAGCGGCCUUCUCUGAUGCAGAGCUCAGUCUGAGGCAGAAGAAGUGGCAGGAGAUGAAGAACCAGACGACCCAGGCCCAGUAGGUCCUCAUCUCAACCCUGAACCUUAAACAUGUCCGCCACUCAGAGGAGACGAGGAGAUGAAGAGAGAGGGCUGCUGGGAUACAACAGGUCUGAGGAGGGACUGGGAGGAGUUCUCUGGAUGUUCAGUGUCCACAUAAAGCAUUUAUCAUGAGGGGGCAUUAAAUAACCAUCUGUAAAUCUGUAGUGGGAACCAGCACCUGUAGAGCUGGUUUAAACAAGUCAGUGUAGACCACAAGUCUCUGUCAGCGUAGACCACCACUGAUUAAACAAGUCUCUGUCAGCGUAGACCACCACUGAUUAAACAAGUCUCUGUCAGCGUAGACCACCACUGAUUAAACAAGUCUGUCAGCGUAGACCACCACUGAUUAAACAAGUCUUUGUCAGCGUAGACCACCACUGAUUAAACAAGUCUUUCAGCGUAGACCACCACUGAUUAAACAAGUCUCUGUCAGUGCAGACCACCACUGAUUAAACGAGUCUCUGUCAGCAUAGACCACCACUGAUUAAACAAGUCUUUGUCAGUGUAGACCACCACUGAUUAAACAAGUCUGUCAGUGUAGACCACCACUGAUUAAACAAGUGUAGACCACCACUGAUUAAACGAGUCUCUGUCAGCAUAGACCACCACUGAUUUAACAAGUCUCUGUCAGCGUAGACUACCACUGAUUAAACAAGUCUCUGUCAGCGUAGACCACCACUGAUUAAACAAGUCUGUCAGCGUAGACCACCACUGAUUAAACAAGUCUUUGUCAGCGUAGACCACCACUGAUUAAACAAGUCUCUGUCAGCGCAGACCACCACUGAUUAAACGAGUCUCUGUCAGCAUAGACCACCACUGAUUAAACAAGUCUUUGUCAGUGUAGACCACCACUGAUUAAACAAGUCUGUCAGUGUAGACCACCACUGAUUAAACAAGUGUAGACCACCACUGAUUAAACGAGUCUCUGUCAGCAUAGACCACCACUGAUUUAACAAGUCUCUGUCAGCGUAGACUACCACUGAUUAAACAAGUCUCUGUCAGCGUAGACCACCACUGAUUAAACAAGUCUGUCAGCGUAGACCACCACUGAUUAAACAAGUCUUUGUCAGCGUAGACCACCACUGAUUAAACAAGUCUCUGUCAGCGCAGACCACCACUGAUUAAACGAGUCUCUGUCAGCAUAGACCACCACUGAUUAAACAAGUCUUUGUCAGUGUAGACCACCACUGAUUAAACAAGUCUCUGUCAGUGUAGACCACCACUGAUUAAACAAGUGUAGACCACCACUGAUUAAACGAGUCUCUGUCAGCAUAGACCACCACUGAUUAAACAAGUCUCUGUCAGCGUAGACUACCACUGAUGAAACAAGUCUCUGUCAGUGUAGACCACCACUGAUUAAACAAGUGUAGAGCACCACUGAUUAAACAAGUCUCUGUCAGUGUAGACCACCACUGAUUAAACAAGUCUCUGUCAGCGUAGACCACCACUGAUUAAACAAGUGUAGACCACCACUGAUUAAACAAGUCUCUGUCAGUGUAGACCACCACUGAUUAAACAAGUGUAGACCACCACUGAUUAAACAAGUCUCUGUCAGCGUAGACUACCGCUAAUUAAACAAGUCUCUGUCAAUGUAGACCACCACUGAUUAAACAAGUUUCCGUCAGCGUAGACCACCACUGAUUAAACAAGUUUCCGUCAGCAUAGACCACCACUGAUUAAACAAGUCUGUUGGUGUAGACCACCACCAAUUAAUCAAGUCUGCCAGCGUAGACCACCACCACUGAUUAAACGAGUCUCUGACAGCGUAGACCACCACAGAUUAAACAAGUCCCUGUCAAUGUAGACCACCACCAAUUAAACAAGUCUCUGUCAGUGUAGACCACCACUGAUUAAACGAGUGUCUCUCAGCAUAGACAACCACCAAUUAAACAAGUGUCUGUCAGCGUAGACCACCAACACUGAUCAAACAAGUCUGUCAGCAUAGACCACCACUGAUUAAACAAGUCUCUGUCAGCAUAGACCACCACUGAUUAAACAAGUGUAGACCACCACUGAUUAAACAAGUCUCUGUCAGCGUAGACCAUCACUGAUUAAACAAGUCUCUGUCAGCAUAGACCACCACUGAUUAAACAAGUCUCUGUCAUUUUAAGAGUCAAUAAACAGAAACUAAAGUCUCAUUUUCACAUUAUGAGGUCAAAGUUCAGUGAUUUCAGCAGGAAUCAAACAAAAACAUGAAGACAUGAUAACAGCAGGAAUAUUAAUUACAGCCUUCUUAUCAAACGUAUUAACGGCCCUCUCAGUCACUGAUUAAGCAGCUAAUAAUGUAGACUGUAGUGUGUUUAAUGAGUAAGGAGUUCUUUUUGAAAUGGUGUACAGGACAUAAAUUUGUUAUGUAGGUAGAAGAGCUGAUUGAGUGAAGUUUGGUCAUUUAUAAACUGAUCUUUAACCCAACAAACGCGACACCACUGGUUAGCUAAUGUUAGCUCAUCAGUGUAGACCAGACGGCAGGCCGUGGGCACCAUGUUUCUACACGUUGUCUGCAAAACCGACAGAAAUUAACAUAAAAGGUGAAACAUUUACAUCACAAAACAUUAAAAAGUCACCAAUUUUAAAUGGGCGGAGCUUUGAAAUGUGGCGCUAAAGUUCACUGAGUCAAAGGAGCGCCGGUCCAACAGGAAACUCACUUUCACUUCACUUCACUUUAUUUAGAUUUUUUUCUGAAAAUGAACCAGUUAGUUCCUGAUUAAAGGGUGUCUACCGAACUAACGUCACACAGCAGCACAACACGAGCUAAGAUCCAAACAAACCUACAAUAAAUACAUGAUUAAUCUGUUGACUUUAAGAUGUGCAGCUUGUUCAAAGUCUCGGGUUUGUUCACCUCUACCCUUCGUCAUCUUCAUCUGUGUCCUGAUCUGUAUCUAUGAAAUGCACUACGUUACCCCAGAGUCUGAUCUGUCCAACAUAAAUCACCUGAGUGUGUUUUAGGUUCACGUUGUUGUAAAGUUCAGAGAUGUUGAGUCAAAUCUAUAAAGUUAUAAUAUCUUUGACAUAACAUGACCUACUGAGACAAACGACCCUCCCCCUGCUGUGGCCUUUUUCCUCUUUGGGAACAUUUUUAAUUGAAGGGAUUUUUGUACAUAUUUUAACAGCAGUUUGUGUUUUUGUUGUUCUUCCUAAAGUUGUGCAGCAUCAGUAGCACCUGAUAAAUAUUUAAUGUAAAGUCAAUUAUGUUUAACAAAGUUGUCUCCUAAAAACAGUCUCUAAUGAAAUAUCAUGUACGACUCACUAAACAUUUCCUCAUUAUAUCAAAGUGCUUCUUGUCCUCAGUCUGUCUGACCUACAUCUGCAUCAUCAGUGAUACAGAACAUUUCCUGUAAACACAGUCAGAAAUCAGAAGUAGGGCAUCGAGCCAAAGUCUGACCCCGAUGGAUAAUCUAACAUGUGUCCUUUGUAGUUGUACCGUAACCAUCAGCACCUUUGAUACGGUCACACGUCAACGCUGUGAUUUCUAUUUGAUGUUUUUAUAUAAAUAUGUAAAAAGCUGAAGACUGAACUAUUGAAUAAAACACAUCUGUAAUAACUGGC